AACAAAGCGGAUCGUCUUAUUUUAAGUGAGGAAUAAUUAUUUCUUAUAUGCCAAGAAUAUUGUGUUUAUCAGCUAGCUCGGCUAAAGGCAGUCGGUCGCGUAUUGCUGACGCCAUACCUUUGACAUUGGCAUGGAGCAUGACAGAAGGCUGACACAGUAUUCGCUGUAGUAAUGGCUCUCCCCCAGCUUUCAAGAUCCCUUACUGGGCUCCUCGUAAACUCGUCGUCCAUGAUUAAUCGGAGGUCUUUUAGCGUGUCUGCUGUUGCAGCAGCCAUUCAGAAAAUGACUAGAGUCCGUGUAGUGGACAACAGCUCUCUCGGAAAUACAUCAUAUCACCGUCCACCAAGAGUGAUCCAUGUCUAUACCAAGAAUGGCAUAGGGAAAGUUGGUGACAAAGUGUUGCUUGCCAUAAAAGGACAGAAGAAGAAAGCGCUAAUUGUUGGACACAAAAUGCCUGGAGAGCGCAUGAGUCCACGCUUUGAUUCGAACAAUGUCGUUCUGAUUGAGGAAAAUGGGAAUCCUACAGGAACAAGGAUUAAGGUUCCCCUACCCACACAUCUACGCAAACUGGAGGGAGACUACUCAAAAGUGUUAGCGAUUGCUAGUUUAUUUGUUUGAUAACUGAAUCAUUCAGCUGCGACUUUUGAAAUCUCUACCGAGGGGUAUAUGAACAUUUUAUACUAUUUUUUUCUUCAGUUAACUGUAGAAGGAGCAUAUGCCCUGUAACAAUUAUUGUCUUAAGAUUUUCAUUGUUAUUAAUGUAUGUGAAAGACUCAAGUCUGUCUCUGUCAACAUGUUUGACUUUUGCAGAGGCCUCUCUAUGCUUACAAUAAAUAUAACCUUUACCUUGAA